AUGUCGGUCGACAGUGAUUAUGUAAAAUUCUUUGAUUGGAUUCGAGAGAAAGGUGGUCAAGUUCAUAAACAUAUAAAAAUUGAUACGAGAGAAGAACGUGGACUUUUCGCUACUAGUACAAUUGAAUCUCACGCUGCUCUUGCGAUCAUUCCGUGGUCGUUAGUAGUCAAUAAACAACACGUUAAUUUACCAACCAUUGAUGUCGCUACGGAACGACAAGCGUUGGUUUUAUUCCUCUCACAUGAGUACACGAAACAAGAAGAAUCCGAUUGGUAUCCUUGGAUCAAAUUGUUGAACAUCGAUAAAGAAGCAGAUGAUUUACUAAAGACUAAAAUGAAUUUGUUCAAUUGUGUGGAACAUAGCACUCUAGGCCAAGCAUUAACAGCACGAUAUCAACAGCUCGAACAAGAAUAUGGGUAUUUAAAUCAAUCUGAUAAGAUUCACAUUAGUUUUGAACUAUUCUGUGCCAUUGAUCAUCUGGUCUGGUCUCGAAUAUUGGAUCUGCCAGAUAAUGAGCCAAUCUCAUUAGUACCAUUCAUUGAUUUUGCCAAUCAUAAUUUCAAUGCAAAUGCUCGUUGGUUUAUUGACGAUACAACUCAUGAUCUAAUUCUCCGGUCGGAACGAUCACUAAACCCAGGUGAAGAGAUCACCAUCUGUUACGGAUCGAAAUCAAACGAAGAAUUAUUAUAUUUAUAUGGUUUUUGCCAAUCAGUCAAUCCCAAUGAUCGUGUUACAUUGCCUGUUAGUCUGUCGCCUGACGACCUUCUACUGGAAGAUAAACUACGUCUUAUCAAGGAAUUGCAUCUACCACCACGAUUAACUAUCAACAUCGAUGGUCGUCUAACGGAUGACUCACAACGUUUGGUUAAGAUCCUCAGUGCGCAAACACUAUCAACAAUCGAUCAUGUGAAUGAACAUUGUAAGCCAUAUCUAAAAAAUCUCUUGAACGAAUACCUUGAGAACUUGAAUCUAUGCAGCGACGAGGAAAUGUUCACGAAAUAUUAUUUAGACAGUCAGAAAUCGAUUGUUCAAAAAGCAUUGAAUGAUUUGGAAUAA